AUGUUGAAAGUUGUAAACAUUAUUAACUAUCUUCUUAUACUUGAUCGAUGUAUUCUAACAGCAAAUUUUUUAUUUUCUCGUGAAAAAGAAUUAAUACUGAUUCCAUCAGUUGCUUUUCGUUAUCGUUCAAAUGAGAUUGAAUCAGCGAUUAAUAAUCAUUCUUCAAAUGAUUGGACUCUCUAUGUUCAAGGCUGGUUUUUGGAAGGAAAUCGUAUUCGUGCAACAUUAUCAAAAUCUGCACUAUUUGCAAUCGUUCAUAAUAUAGAUAAAAAACGUGUUGCUUAUUUUACAGCAAAUGGAAAAAAGUAUAAAACGGUAUGUAUUGAUGGUUUACCUCAUGAGAUGUGUACGAAAACCGAUGCACAUGGUUCAAUUAAAAAACAAUUUCAAUUACCAAACGAAAAUGUUCAAAAUUUGCUUGUAACGGGUGGAACAUAUGGAAAACUUGAAUAUUUUGUAUCCGCACGUGGGGAAAAAAUUCAAACAAAAGGAGAAAUUUUUCUAUGUGAUGAUAAUGGAAUAUCGAUUAUCAGUGAUAUUGAUGAUACUAUUAAAAUUACAGGAGUAACAAGCGUUCGUGCUGUACUACGAAAUACAUUUUCUGGUGAAUAUAAAUCAGUUCCAGGUAUGUCUGAACGUUAUCGCCAUUAUGAAUCAUAUUAUAAUGCAACAUUUCACUAUUUAACUGCAUCACCCGAUCAAUUAUAUCCAUUUUUACGUGAAUUUUUACAACGUGAACAAUUUCCGUUGGGUUCUUAUCACAUGCGGCAUUUUACAUGGUUUGAUAUGAAUUUUUUUCAAUUUUUUUCAUCAAAAUCAUUCAUAAAACAAAAAACAAUAAUUUUAAAAAUGUUUUUUCAAGAAACUCGUUCAAGACAAUUUAUUUUAUUUGGCGAUAUAUUUCAAAAGGAUCCAGAAAUUUAUGCGACUAUUUAUAGGCAAUAUCCAGAAAGAAUUUUAAAAAUCUUUAUACGCGUAUCAAGCAAAAAUCUUAAGAAUCGUCUAAAUAAAGUUUUUGAAGACAUACCAAAGCAUAAAUGGGACAUAUUUUGUAAUGGUUUUGAUUUACCGGAAACAUUCUUUUAA